UUGAUAAAAAAAAAAAAGAAAAAAGAAUUCCUCACUUCAUUGUUCAUCGGUUUCUUAAUCAUCAUUUACAGAUUCCUCUGUCAUUAAUCACCUCAUUAAUUUAAUCACCUCAGAACCAACAAUGCAACAAAUCUGCAGCAACAACAGGGCCUCGCCAAUUUAACCCUAUUUUUAUUUUUAUUUUUUAAUAUUCUCUCUCCCCUCUCUCUCUAGAAUGAAGCACUGCCAAGAGGGCUGGCACCUUUGCAAGGAUUGUUGGAGAAAAGGGUCACAUUAAUUCCAUUGGUUUCUUCAAUGGGUCGUGAUGAACUUUCGUGUUAAAGAUUCUUGCUUUCUGAAAGUCCAUCGUUUCUUCAAGAUCUGUUCUUUCUGCUCAUCAUUUUAGCUCCCAGGUCAAUGGACUUGACAUCCGUAAAAUGCCUUAUUAACAGCAUUUCUCGAUUCGUUCAUCUUGUGACAUGUCGUAUCUCUAAGACUGUGCCUGGCCAGAAGGACUUUGAAGAUACUGCAAGUAUGUUGAAACUUUUAAAACCAACUCUCGAUGAUGUUGUUGAUACAAGAGUGCCUUCGGAUGAAACUGUUUGUAGAGAGUGUGAAGAAAUGGACACGGCUAUUAAUGAAGCCAGGGAGUUCCUCGAGAAUUAUUCUCCAAAGAAGAGCAAGAUUCUCUCUGCUUUGCAGAGUAAGCAACUGCUGCUGAAAAUCCAGAGCUCCGGUCUUGAGAUUUCUCGCAUUCUAUGUGGAUUGCUAGAACAAUCAAUGUCGAGUUUAAGUCUAUCCGAUACUGAGUGCCGUAUACAGGAUUUUUAUGGUAUGGAAUCGGACGAAUUGUUAAAAUGCAUGAAAGGUGCUCUUGAAAGCCUAGAUGAAGGAAAAAGUCCUUGCUCGGAACAUCUUUUGACAAUGAUACAGUCAUUAAAUUUGAUAUCCCCCGAGGAGCCACUGAAUGAGUGUAUUGCACUGGAGAAGGAGAGACUGAAGGCUGAAGAAAAUAGAGGACGAGAUAAUAUAUUGCAAAUAGAACGUGUGAUUGAACUCAUGAGCCAUAUUCGUGAUUGUAUGGUUAUGCUCAACAGUGCGUCUAUAGAUGGCGUUAAAAUCCCGCCCCAUUUCCGGUGUCCUUUAUCUUUGGCAGUCAUGUUGGAUCCGGUAAUCAUUGCUUCAGGCCAAACGUAUGAGAGGGUUUCGAUUCAGAAAUGGAUGGAUCAUGGAUUGACUACGUGCCCAAGAACACGCCAGAAACUCUCACACUCGAAUCUUAUUCCCAAUGUCACCGUCAAGGCUAUGAUAGAAAAUUGGUGCGAGGAGAACAAAGUGGAGCUUUUUGCUAAGCCCGAGAAUACUAGCCUCAUAGUUGUUGAAAAUAGUAAUUCGUCUUCCCAAGACUGCAAUUCAACGUCGAGGUGGAAGGCUAAUUCGACUCAUGGAAUCAGUGCGGAAGGAUUCAAUGGUUGCCAUGUUAGGGAGGAUCACUCGUCCCCGGAACAUUCAUAUGUUCACAGCCGGAGUGAAUCAGCAUCGAGUGUUGUUUCGAGUAUUGAUUAUCUUCCCGUGACAUCAACUGAUGCCUCAAAGGUAUCGAGCAAGCAUGACUACGGUAGUGAUAAAUCAGGCGAAAUAACAUCCGAUUCUGCUGCUCCUCUUAAUAAGAAUACUGCGAUUUCUUCUUUGCCAUCUGGAAAGCAGUAUCGUGGCCCCAAAACAUUGCCCGAAACAGCUGCCUGUGGAAACUACAAUCAUUCCAGGAGACAAACUUCCCCGACUGAGUCAUUGUCUAAUGAACGAAUUACAACUUCCCGUGUUGAAGAACUUAUUAGGGAUUUAACGAGUCAAUCACCUGAUUUACAAGCUGCAGCUGCAGCAGAAUUGCGGUUUCUUGCAAAACAUGAUAUGGAGAAUCGCGUUAUUAUUGGCCAAUCUGGGGCUAUUGAGCCGUUGAUCUCGUUGCUACACUCGGAUGCAAAGCUUACUCAAGAGCAUGCAGUCACCGCACUUUUAAACUUAUCGAUAAGUGAAAAUAUCAAGGCCAUGAUUGCAGAAAGGGGCGCACUGGAACCUCUCAUCCACGUGUUGAGAACGGGAAACCCGGGAGCGAAAGAGAAUGCUGCAGCCGCUAUUUUUAGUCUUUCUCUUCUGGAAGAGUAUAAGAUAAAGAUUGGCCGCUCUGGUGCAGUCAAAGCCUUGGUUGAUCUUCUAGGAUCGGGCACGAUCAGGGGGAAAAAAGACGCUGCUACAGCCUUGUUUAAUCUAUCUAUUUUCCAUGAAAAUAAGGCCCGUAUAGUUCAGGCAGGAGCAGUGAAGUAUUUAGUACAAUUCUUGGACCCUGAAACAGUAAUGGUCGAUAAAUCUGUAGCUCUUCUUGCAAAUUUGUCUACCAUUCCUGAUGGCUGCUUGGCUAUUGCUCGAGAAGGGGGCAUACCCCCACUUGUUGAGAUUGUCGAGAUUGGAUCUCAUCGAGGAAAGGAAAAUGCUGCCUCGAUACUGUUGCAACUGUGCCUCAAUAGUCCCAAGUAUUGUCGGCUUGUGUUGCAAGAGGGCGCUGUUCCACCUCUCGUCGCAUUAUCUCAAUCCGGUAGCACACGAGCAAAGGAGAAGGCACAGCAGCUCCUCAGCCAUUUUCGUAACCAACGGGAAGGUGCCAUGGGGAGGGGAAAGUCGUGAAAGCAGGUUUCUAGAAAACUUUUUCGCGUUGUCUUGCUUCAUUUUUUUCCCCUUGUGCCCCCGCUUCCCUUGUUGCCACACGACGUGCAAAUGGAUGUUAGAUCGCUUUCCUAUAGUUCCAUAAUUGGCGAGUUGUUGCCAAUAAGAUUGUACUGUAAUUGGUGUUGAGAUAUGUAGCUGCUAGCAGGCAGGUCUGUAUAUGCACUUAAAAUUAUUGUCAAUAUCCAUGUUAGGCAAGGUAGCUAAGUAUGAAAUUCUUUUAUUAUAGCUUUCUAAGUAUGAAACUCUUGGUUGCACAUUUUGGUAUGAAUUGAAUGAGCCACUGAUCUUGCUGGAGUGUCCUA